CUGAAAACAUGAUCUGAACUGUGAGACAGAACUUUCUCAGUAAGAUAGAUAAGAUAAUAUUAUUUUAUUGAUCCAAAGCGUUCCCGGUCUCUGGUUGGCAAGUCUGUGGUGGCUUGUCGAUUAGGAGGCGUCGGCAAGCGACCCCCUUGACUUUACCCGGGAAACACAACCACUGGGCACGUCCUGCAUGGGUAGACAAGGGAUGUGCUCGGUACCUGCCGUACAUAAAACAUCUCUUACAGGGCUGCCAGUUGUGAUAUUUCCCAACUGGAACAAUAGGCAGUGACAGGGUAGGGAUCAUGAUUACAAGUUGCCGUUAAUGGAUAUGAGGCGAGAGGCGAAAGGGGUAACCUCUGUCCGAUGAUUCUUACUAAGCAGCCCUGGGAUUAAGAUGGAGACCCCGUUGUUCCUAGCCAUUCGAUUGUCUUGUUUUUUGGAGGGAGCGGUAUGCUUAUUCUCUGAGAUCGUGCUCUGUCAGUAAGUCUACCACACCAGCGUGCACGGUCCUUUGCAAGUGUCUCCCAGGAGUACAGGUCAACAAUGUCAAUGCAUUUGAGUAAAACUUUUAGAAAGUUCUAAACUUGUUUAUUUUUUAUUACCACCAGCUCAUCGUUUCCCACUGGAGAGUUCACUGACAACUAGUUAUUUGGAAAGUCUGCUGUCUGCCAUUUUUUCAACAUUCCUUGCCCAUCCGGCUUGUCUCUUCUUGGAAGCGUGAGGGUGUUGAUAACUUUCUCAGUAAGAUAGAUAAGAUAAGAUUACAUUGAUAACGUCAAUUUUUAGUUGGACCUUCUUAUCCGGGCCACAGUCAUUUGCCAUCAUUAUUUCAAGUAGUUUUCGUAGGUGGAGAGCGUAUGUGGAGAUGGUGAAAUUUAUUUUUGGGAUAACCUGGGUAAAAAAAAAAUAAGAUUUACCCAAACAGACAAAGGGCAAUAAAACGGGGCAAAAUUAAGAAACAAAAAUAGAUUUAAAAACUUGAAAUGUUGUUAUAUUAUAUUAUUUUGUGGUUGAUUGGUUUGUUGUUGUUAUUGUUGUUGUUAUUCUUUUCAGUUAAUAACAAUAAAAAGAAUAUGAUAUUGAUUUCAACACGCACGAACGUCAGUAUCGAUUACAGACCUUUUUGUCUGGGCUUAUCAAAAUAUAAGACGAGAAUAUUAGCUUAAAAUCCCAAAGGCAGCGAUAUGAUUAGAGUUUAAAAGAUUACUAAAAAAAUUAAAUUAAAACAAUUGCAUUGACAAUCAACGUGUAAGAACGUUAUUAUUGAUUGCAGACAUUGCAUGGACUUUUUUUAAAAUGUACUAUCACAAACUCACAGUCAACGUUGCUCCAUAAUUUUAAAACAUGGGAUUAGACUUUUUUUCUGUUUAAGUGUAUAAUCUAAUCAUUUCUUCCUCAAGACGUGUCUAUCCAGGAGUGACCAGUGUUGGUGAGCAACAUCCUUCCAAUUCACUGCUACAAUAUGUUAUCCAACGCCAUGGCAUUUUAUGGAUGUAUGGCUCUGUUAUUCAUUGUGUGUAAGUUUUAUUUUAUUUUUUAUUUACCAAAUAAGCACCUACCUAGCUACAUAUACAGUAUCUCAUGAUGUGUAGGUAUUUACCAAAUAAGCAUCUUCCUAGCUACUUAUACAGUAUCUCAUGAUGUGUAGGUAUUUACCAAAUAAGCAUCUUCCUAGCUACAUAUACAGUAUCUCAUGAUGUGUAGGUAUAUUAACAAAUAAGCAUCUUCCUAGCUACUUAUACAGUAUUUCAUAAUGUGUAGGUUCGCUGUUCACCACAUUUUUUAUAAAAAAACAUUGAUGGGGCUGAUUUUUAAAAUGAAAGAAAAUAAAAUGAGCUUCUCUUACGCUUUGCUCGAAUUAAAUAAGACAAUAUUAUAAUAGUAAACCUUGAGUAGCUAAGGGGACAAAUUGCAGGAGAAAUGAGUUACUUGCCAAAAAAAUAAUUUUUACAUUUCCAAUAAGUCUCUUGCAUAUAAAUAACUGUUGAGUCCAACGUGUUUCAAGAGAUCAACUUUUAGACCUGGAUCUUCGUCGCAGACGAGAAACUGUGACUCUGGGUAAAGCUUUUCGUCAGAGCAGCCGGCAUCAAACUUGUGUCCCCGGGCAAAAUACUUUAAAGCCAUGCUGUCUCGGUCGAUAGAAAUUUAUUUUGAGCUAGAUGAUAUUUCCAUGUAUUACAUCCUGAGAAUCGUCUUCUACUGGAUACAAAAUGUUUUGGUCACACAAACAAAUGUUGGUCAAUACAUAAACAAAUAAUCAGUGAUGGUCUGUUUUAAAUAUCCCUUUGUCUUUUAUUUGAAUCGUAAGACAAGAACUUACAAUGCAGAGUCUGCAAAUGUAUAAUAAAAUAAAAUAGGCCGCUAGUAUCUGUCCAACCCCCAUUUUUUUAGCCCAUUCUUACAAGAUAGAAAUUCAGGUACUUUUUUGAAAUAUGGAGUAAGGUAACCACUCGAAGAGUUCCAUAUUACGUAAUAGCAACAUUUGAAACUUCCCCAUUUUAUUUUUUUUUUUAAAUAAAGAUAUUAAAAAUAUUCAUUUAAAAGUAGAUUGACACUUGCUUCUUUCUCAAUGUAUUUAUGCAGGUGUCAAAACAGAUACAAACCCCCCGCGCAUUGCUGAAAACUGCCAGGAGAGAAUUGACGAAUGCAAGAAAAUGGCAACAAACGAUGCGGAGAUUUUGUAAGAGAAACGUAUUUAUUUGUGAAAUUUCGCCGCAGGAAUUUAAGUAUAUUUUCUCAUGUACGUUUAAUAUUGUGUGCCUUAAUAUAUAUUUUUUUGACACAGUCACGUAGGUAGACGUAAGAGGAGGUGCGAUCCAGCUGUGGUAGCAAUCAUUUUCUGUAUAUGCAAGGGAGAUGUUUUCGGUCUGAUGCUGGGGUGUUCGGAGAGAUUGUGGGCUAAUGCAAGCUCAGCUGAUGCAUGCUUUUUUAAAAUGUCCUCAUAAAUGUAAUAAUAUUGAAGCAGUACAUCCCCAUGUAUGUAUAAGGACAUUAGCCAAACUAAGACAAAAACUUACAUUCAGAUUUUUUUUUCAGAUUUAAUCAAAUUGACAUAGCUAAAUGCUUUUCGAGCUUCGUAUGCAAGGAAAGUGAAGACGGCUUAAGGAUUAAAGCCAUGUUUGAUUAUGGAAGAACAAUUUCCAGUUAGUACUUAUAUUACUAUAAUUGUUUUCUUGACAUUUACUGCGGUAGAUUGUUAAAGGUAUGUCCUUUUAAAAUUGCAUUUAGCUUUAAUUCAAAGUUCAUGCUACUUGCAUUGCUUUUUUCUUUUUAUAAAACUGAUAAGUCUUUGCUCUUCACUUAGGGAAGAUGCAUAGCUCUCUGUACUCUGUCUUUAUUAAUUUUUGCUUGAGUCAUUUUUCAGAUUUUCCACUUAAUGCAGCGAAGACAAGGCUCUGCCCUUCUGUACUUUCGAAACACUGUAUCAAUCAGCGAGAGAGAGUGAGAGAGAGAUAGACAGACACAGAGAGAGAGAGAGAGAGAGAUAGAGAGAGUGUUUGUGUGCUUAGACCUACUGAAAGUUACAUAUGCCUGGUUGCUGCUUCAUCACGUGAAAUUUAUUGUGUUAAAUUUUUACUGACUUCAUCCACAAAAGCUCCUGAUGAACAAUUUGAGAUCUGGAUUCUCAGCCGUUCAGUAUUGUUAAAUGUUGGACGAUGGAAAGAGACUACUUCUUUAUUUCGAUUCGCUGCAGUUCUAAAAAUAAAAAAUAAAAAAUGUGUUAAAAUAUUUUUUCAGUGGAGGGUGAUGAGCUCUAUCAAGACGGCUUUGUCCGAACUGGGUCUUCAAGUUUGGCAGUGAUCAUUAGCGUUUCCUACAAGACAUUGAUCAUCAGUUCUGUCACAGCGUUUCUCUUAGCUUAGCUAUUAAUAAACCUUCAA